AGCUCGGGGCCUCGCUCGGCCGCGCUCCCCCGCGGCGCCCUCGGACCCGGACGUGUACGAGCCCCCGGCCCAGGCCCCGGCUCCGGCCCCCGGCCCGCGGCCAUGAACCUCUUCCGAUUCCUGGGGGACCUCUCCCACCUCCUGGCCAUCAUCCUGCUGCUCCUCAAGAUCUGGAAGUCCCGCUCCUGCGCCGGAAUCUCGGGGAAGAGUCAGGUGCUGUUCGCUGUGGUCUUCACCGCCCGCUACCUGGACCUCUUCACCAACUACAUCUCCCUCUACAACACGUCCAUGAAGGUGGUCUACAUUGCCUGCUCCUUCACCACCGUCUGGAUGAUCUACAGCAAAUUCAAGGCCACCUAUGACGGCAACCAUGACACUUUCCGUGUGGAGUUCCUCGUGGUCCCCACGGCCAUCUUGGCCUUUCUCGUCAACCACGACUUCACCCCGCUGGAGAUCCUCUGGACCUUCUCCAUCUACCUGGAGUCGGUGGCCAUCCUGCCCCAGCUCUUCAUGGUGAGCAAGACGGGGGAGGCGGAGACCAUCACCAGCCACUACCUGUUCGCCCUGGGCGUCUACCGGACGCUCUACCUCUUCAAUUGGAUCUGGCGCUACCAGUUUGAGGGCUUCUUCGACCUCAUCGCCAUCGUGGCCGGCCUGGUGCAGACCGUGCUCUACUGCGACUUCUUCUACCUCUACAUCACCAAAGUCUUAAAGGGGAAGAAGCUCAGCCUGCCGGCAUAGUGGCGGCUCCCGGGCGGCUCCGAGGAGAGGAAACGGGCCGCAGCUGCGGGGGGGCCGGGGGACCAGGACCUGCCCGGACCAGGGGGUAACUUCUGCCCCCCCUUCUCCUCCCCGGGCCCCCAGCCGGGAGGGCGAGAGCUGCGGACCUCGGCUCUUUAGUGUUUUGCCUUUUCGAGAAACAGAGGGAAUCUUUUUCACUUCGGGCGGGCUCUGGCGGGCCCCCGUUUUCCCUUCCGUCGCCUCGUCGGCCUCCGGACGCCUGUGUUUUUAUAAGCCGCUGGGGCGGGGGAAUCCUCCCCUGACCCCCCCCCCCCCCCCGUUUCCCCCUCCCUCCAGACUUUGCCAAACGCUCAGCCCCGUCCCUAGCCAACGGGCCCCUCCUCCGGCUUUUUCUGGAUCCGAGGGGGUGCCGGGGGGACUUCUCCCCUCCGUCUUUUAUAUCUUUUUGGUCAGUUUUUUGGUCCAGGGGCGAGGGGCGGGAGGCGAGGGGCCAGGCCCCAUUUUUGUACAGAAUUGAUGGUUAACCUCGUUCACUUGAAAUAAAGACAAAACUGAA